CUUCAGCAGGCGGAACAAAGUUGUGUGAUAUGCUCAGUGAGAGGAGGGUUGUGUUCAAGUCAGAGGCGAUAUUACGGGGAAUCUUGUCAACAAACUCAUACAGUGUUAUUUAUUACCUUUAUUAUAUGGACAUUUAUUGACAGAUGCCUGUACAAUUCAAGGGAACGAUUGCAACGUCUUUACAGCUUAUUUACAAGAUACACAGAGUAAAUGUCAUCUGAGCUCUGACCUCUGGAACCUCCAACCCAGACCCUAUUUUAUGUUUUGUGGUGAGGCCAUGACAACUGUCAACAUCACCAGAGACAUCCUGCACAGACAGAUCAGGGAUAAGAGAGCAUCGGGCUUCCAAAGGUUUUAUCAUGUGACUGACCCUUUCAUCAAGAGACUUGGUCUGGAGGCUGAGCUUCAGGGCCAUACUGGCUGUGUGAACUGUUUAGAGUGGAAUGAACAAGGAGAUCUGCUGGCCUCAGGCUCAGAUGACCAACAUGCCAUCAUCUGGGAUCCAUUCAGACACAAGAAGCUUACAACUAUGCACACAGGCCAUGCAGCAAAUAUAUUCUCUGUAAAGUUCCUCCCUCACUCCGGGGACAGAAUUUUGGUAACAGGUGCAGCUGACACAAAGGUCCACGUGCAUGACCUGACUGUGAAGGAAACCAUCCAUAUGUUUUCUGAUCAUACCAACAGAGUCAAGCGCAUUGCCACAGCACCCAUGUGGCCCAACACCUUCUGGAGUGCUGCGGAGGAUGGCAUUGUCAGACAGUAUGACUUGCGGGAGAGCAGCAAACGUUCUGAGGUACUGAUUGACCUCACAGAGUUUUGUGGUCAGCUGGUUGAGGCCAAGUGUUUAGCCGUCAACCCACGGGACAACAACUACCUAGCAGUGGGAGCUAAUGGUCCCUUUGUACGCCUCUAUGACAUCAGGAUGAUUCACAACUACAGGAAAUCUCUGAGUCAGAACACAUCAGCAGCUGUGCACACAUUCUGUGAAAGGCAGAAGCCCAUCCCAGAUGGAGCUGGGCAGUAUUAUGUUGCAGGGCACCUACCGGUGAAACUCCCAGACUACAAUAACCGCCUAAGGGUCCUGGUGGCUACGUAUGUCACCUUCAGUCCAGAUGGCACAGAGCUGCUUGUUAACAUGGGUGGGGAACAGGUAUAUCUGUUUGACUUGACAUUUAAACAGAGGCCAUAUACCUUCUUGCUUCCAAAAAAAUCCACAGGAGACGUGCAGAAUGGAAAGACAACCAAUGGCGUCUCCAAUGGAAUUCACCUGCCGACCAGCCAUAUUCGAUUUGCCGGAACCAAGCUGCACUCAAGUUCUACUGAGCUCCCUCCUCACUUGGAGAAGAUAAAGCAACAAGCUAAUGAUGCAUUUGCACGGCAGCAGUGGACUCAGGCCAUCCAGCUGUACAGCUUAGGCAUCCACCAGGCCAGCUGCAACGCCAUGCUGUAUGGGAACCGGGCUGCAGCUUAUAUGAAACGCAAGUGGGAUGGAGACCAUUAUGAUGCUCUCAGGGACUGUCUGAAGGCUCUGACUCUAAACCCCAGCCACCUGAAAGCACAUUUCAGACUCGCACGGUGUCUGUUUGAGCUGAAGUAUGUGGCUGAGGCUCUGGAGUGUUUGGAUGAUUUCAAAGGAAAGUUUCCAGAGCAGGCACACAGUAGUGCCUGUGACGCCUUAGAUAAAGACAUCAAAGCUGCUCUCUUCUCCAAGAUAGGAUCAGCAGAAGGUGAUAAAAAGGUUUAUAACCACUCCACCCCACUCCACUCAUUCAGCCGGAAGGAGCCCAUCCCUGAAGAUGAGCUGGUGCUGAGAGAGCACAGCUUGGACUACAAACACAGAUACUGUGGUCACUGCAACACUACCACUGAUAUCAAAGAGGCCAACUUCUUUGGAAGCAAAGGUCAGUACAUUGUCAGUGGCUCAGACGAUGGCUCCUUCUUUAUCUGGGAAAAAGAAACAACUAAUCUGGUGAGAAUACUGCAGGGGGAUGAGUCUAUAGUCAACUGCCUGCAGCCGCAUCCCAGCUACUGCUUCCUGGCUACUAGUGGGAUUGACCCUGUGGUGCGGUUAUGGAACCCCAGACCAGAGACAGAGACUGAGAACGGGCGGGUUGUGGAGGACAUGGAAGGUGCUGCUGAGGCGAACCAGCGGCGUAUGAAUGCUGACCCACUGGAGGUUAUGCUGCUCAACAUGGGCUAUCGCAUCACAGGCCUGCGUGGUGUCGGCCCAGAUGGUUCAGAUGAUGAAAACAGCUCAGAGGGACAAGUACAGUGUCGGCCAAGCUAAACAAGCCUGUCAACCAUCCUGCAGAAUGGAUGGAGGAAGCGGAGCACUCUCCCAGCUCCUGUUUGAAUUUUAGGUUCCGCUCUAUCGGACAGAAACAUUGAGUGAAUGUCAUGUCACAUCUCUGCACUAUGCAUCUCCCUCCCUUAUCCUAAGAGAGGACUGGUGGAUUUUGGGGAGAGGAAUUCAUGGAGGGUGGAGAUGACACCCAUCUCGCCCCUUCAAAGCACCAACAACACCUCAGCCUCUCCCUCCAACCUCCCAUGGUGGCAGGGGGACAUCUUUGAGGAGAGCACCUUCCACAUCGCUCCCCAGUUUCUCACACAAAAGGAGGAGUUCAGCACUUAUCCCUCCUCGGGUUUACGUAGGAGAGACACACAACAUGUAAAAGGAGAAGCCUGCGAUCGGGCAAACCUAUUUUCAGGUCAGCAUGGCCACACAGUCAGUGUCCUCCAUGGAGGAUCGGAUCACAGACCAGAUCUCCUGUCUGCUCUACAGUUGAAGCCAAGUCUCAUAAUGCCCGUUCAUUUCAGAAAGGCUGCACACCCAAGUUCUUAGCUCAUGUUUUAAGUUGGAAUAUUCAUCACCGGAAGCCUAGAACUAACUGUCACUCUCGGAGUUGUGAAAGAUGCAGGUGUCGUUCCAAUGACAUAUAUUUAUAAGCUUUGUUUAGUUUGCAACUGUCCAAAAAAAAGGGGAUUCUUCUGCCAAAGGUUGUCGUCUGUUAUUUCAGUGGCCAAGUAUUAAUGUUUGUUUUCUUUGUUUCAUUGAAACAUAAUGUUGGCAUACUGUCCUUCUUUAAGUGAAGAGGUUUUCACUACAAUACAGGCUAAGAGUUUGGCAAAGAAAUAUGUGUAAAAAAAAAAAUUUAGGAUACUUUGUUUUAAUUUCCAUUGAUUGCAAAUGUCAUUUGGCAUGAAAUGUUAGUGUGAAACGUCUGAUGGGUAUAAGUGAGACACAGAUGCUAGUUUGUGGUAUGUGCCAAGUGUUAGGUGGUGAGGGGCUCCUGCCCACUAGCUGUGUGGCAAUAGCACUAGUCCUCCGCUGCAGUGAGGUGUUCAGUCCUGCUUGUAUGAGGCUUUACUUACUGAAGGGGUGGGCAUAAACA